GAUGGCUUUGAGACUUCAUAUUUAAAGUUUCACGUCGGUGACAAGUUCUACAUUUUGAAAUCUAAUGGAGACGAAGAAGAGGGCUGGAUAUUGGCUCAUAAAAUUGACGACGACACUAUAGGCUACGUUCCCAAGGCAUAUGUGGAUGAAAUAAGCUUGAAUACCCUUAACGGUAUGAAUGAAGUCUCAAAAUGUACUUCUGACAGCAUUCUUGAUAAUUGUGAAGAAAUACAUCGUUCCUCGGAAAAGGGGAAGAUGAAUAAACUUGAAUUAUACGCCAAUCAAGCAAACCGCUCGGCUAAAAGCACGCCCAUAUCUCCUAACAAACCCCCUCGGAAUUUCGGUCCACCCCCCCAGAGCCAUAGGAGACCUGCAGGCAUUCACAGCCCUGCAACGGUCUCUUCGCAUGUUCCCUUGACCCAUUCUACAACUACGUCCUCCGAAGCAGAUCUUUAG